ACCCAGCUCCUCACAAGUGUGUAUGUGUGCGUGCAGGGGGAACUAGACCCCUACACCCAGAUAGUGUAACACUGGGAAGCAGUGAGGCAAAAGAACUAGAGAGAGAGAAAGAGAAAGAGAAAGGGUGUACCGGGAUGCCAACCAAGACCAUAAUUUGUGGAGCGGAUGCUGCCACCAGUUUCCUCCGUGCAGCUCGCUCAGGUAAUCUGGAAAAGGUCCUAGACCACAUCAAGAAUGACAUCGACAUCAACACUGCCAAUCAGAAUGGACUCAACGGGCUGCACUUGGCCUCGAAAGAAGGCCAUGUUAAAAUGGUGCUGGAACUACUGCACCAUGGUAUUGUCCUUGAGACGUCCACAAAGAAAGGAAAUACUGCUCUUCACAUCGCUGCGUUAGCUGGACAGGAACAGGUGGUCACAGAGCUGGUUAACUAUGGAGCUAAUGUCAAUGCUCAGUCUCAGAAGGGCUUCACUCCUCUCUACAUGGCUGCACAAGAGAAUCACCUGGAGGUUGUGAAGUUUCUCCUGGAUAACGGAGCCAAUCAGACCAUUCCAACUGAGGAUGGCUUUACCCCUCUUGCUGUGGCUCUUCAGCAGGGCCAUGAGAAUGUGGUGGCCCUGCUCAUCAACCACGGUACCAAGGGCAAGGUCCGCCUUCCUGCACUGCACAUAGCUGCCCGAAACGAUGACACCCGGACUGCCGCUGUGCUUUUACAGAAUGACCCAAAUCCAGAUGUCUUAAGCAAGACAGGCUUCACACCGCUCCAUAUCGCAGCCCACUAUGAAAACCUGAAUGUUGCCCAGCUACUCCUAAACAGAGGAGCUGAUGUGAACUUCACGCCCAAGAAUGGGAUCACGCCUCUACAUAUUGCAUCCAGGAGAGGAAAUGUUAUCAUGGUCAGACUUCUGCUGGACCGAGGAGCAAAGAUUGAUGCCAAGACAAAAGAUGAGUUGACUCCUCUUCACUGUGCUGCCAGAAAUGGCCAUGUGAGAAUAAUUGAGAUCCUUCUGGACCAAGGAGCCCCAAUACAGGCCAAGACUAAAAAUGGUCUUUCUCCAAUACAUAUGGCAGCCCAGGGCGAUCAUUUGGAAUGCAUCAGACAGCUCUUACAGUACAAUGCCGAGAUUGAUGACAUCACUCUCGACCACCUGACCCCGCUGCAUGUGGCAGCACACUGUGGACAUCAUCGCAUGGCCAAGGUGCUCCUGGAUAAAGGAGCCAAACCAAACACCCGUGCUUUGAAUGGCUUCACGCCACUCCAUAUUGCCUGUAAGAAGAACCACAUGCGUGUGAUGGACCUACUGUUAAAGCAUUCUGCAUCCCUGGAGGCUGUAACCGAGUCGGGACUGACCCCACUGCAUGUGUCCUCCUUCAUGGGUCAUCUGAAUAUAGUGAAGAAACUGAUGGAAAAAGGAGCUUCACCACAUGCCUCAAAUGUGAAAGUCGAAACACCUCUGCACAUGGCAUCUCGAGCUGGUCACUGUGAAGUUGCUGAGUUCCUGUUGCAGAAUGCAGCUCCAGUGGACGCCAAAGCCAAGGAUGACCAGACGCCGCUACACUGUGCCGCCCGCAUGGGCCACGACGAGAUGGUGAAGCUACUGCUGGAGCACAAGGCAAACCCCGACUCCACCACAACAGCAGGACACACUCCACUGCACAUCGCUUCUCGUGAGGGACACACACAGACCGCCAGCAUCCUGCUGGACAUGAACGCCCAGCUCACCAGAAUGACCAAGAAAGGCUUCACCCCCCUUCAUGUAGCAGCCAAAUAUGGAAAGUUGGAUGUAGCAGUGCUGCUUUUAGAGAGAGGAGCCAACCCAAACGCUGCAGGAAAAGUUGGACUCACACCGUUGCACGUGGCUGUCCAUCAUAACAACCUCGAUGUGGUCAAUCUUUUUCUCAGCAAAGGCGGAUCACCACACAGUGCUGCUCAGAAUGGCUACACUCCGCUCCACAUUGCUUCCAAACAGAACCAGGUGGAGGUAGCGAGCAGUUUACUGCAGCAUGGAGCUUCUCCCAAUGCUGAGUCAUUGCAAGGGGUCACACCGUUACACCUAGCCUCGCAAGAGGGCCAACCAGAUAUGGUGCUGCUGCUUAUCUCAAAGCAGGCCAAUGUAAAUCUGGGAAAUAAGAGCGGACUGACUCCUCUUCACCUCGUGGCUCAGGAGGGUCAUGUUGGCAUUGCUGAAAUACUAGUGAAACAUGGGGCGUCUGUCUACGCUGCCACACGAAUGGGUUACACUCCACUUCAUGUGGCUUGUCAUUAUGGUAAUGUCAAGAUGGUUAAGUUCCUCUUACAGCAACAGGCCAAUGUAAACUGCAAGACCAGGAUGGGAUAUACGCCGCUACAUCAGGCUGCUCAGCAAGGCCAUACGGACAUUGUGACGCUUCUCCUGCAACAUGGUGCAGAACCAAAUGAAAUUACGUCUAAUGGCACGUCAGCUCUUGCCAUCGCGAAGCGCCUUGGAUACAUCUCAGUCAUUGAUGUGCUCAAACUGGUCACUGAAGACACAGGUACUAUGAGCACCACAGAAAAGCAUCGCAUGAGUUUCCCCGAGACAGUUGAUGAGAUCUUGGAUGUGUCUGAAGAUGAAGGAAUUGCACAGCUUUCGUUAGGCGAGGAGCUGCUGGGGAACGAAGGUGCCAGGUAUUUGAAGAUGGAGGACUUAAAGGACCAUGAUGAGGAUUUCCUCUCCCCCAAGAAUGUUCUAGAGAAUCAUUCUCCUGCUAUUCCAAGGAUCCCCUGUGUGUCUCCUGAAACAGUCAUGCUGAAAGAACAUGAACUGGAGCAGCAGCACAUUCCACUUCCUUUGGCCAAGGAGUAUGAUGAAGAUUCACUGAUCCCCAGCAGUCCAGCCACAGAGACGUCAGACAAUGUCAGUCCAGUAGCAAGUCCCAUCCACACCGGAUUCCUGGUGAGCUUCAUGGUAGAUGCUCGUGGCGGCUCAAUGAGAGGCAGCAGACAUAACGGCCUGCGUGUCAUCAUUCCUCCUCGUACCUGUGCCGCUCCAACACGCAUCACCUGUCGCCUGGUGAAGCCGCAGAAGCUUGCCACACCACCUCCUCUGGUGGAGGCUGAGGGUCUCGCCAGCCGUAUCAUCUCUCUUGGUCCAGCUGGCAUGCAGUUCUUAGGGUGAGGAAAGCAGUUUUGUAAUAAAACAAGAUCUAUUAAACUGAGACUGCAAACUAACACGACUCCCUUUGCUCGAAGGCCUGUGAUUGUAGAGAUUCCCCAUUUCGCCGCACUUGGUCGGGGGGAUCAUGAACUAGUCGUCUUGAGGAGUGAGGACGGAUCAGUCUGGAAGGAGCAUCGUGAUCGAUAUGGUGACGAGGUCCUGGAGACCAUCCUCAAUGGCAUGGAUGAAGACCUUGAGAGUCAGGAGGAACUUGGGAAGAAAAGAAUCAGGCGCAUCAUCUCGACUGACUUCCCGCUCUACUUUGCCGUGGUGUCCCGUAUCCAGCAGGAGAAUGAUCUGAUUGGCCCAGAAGGGGGUUAUCUCACCAGUAAGCUGGUGCCCAUGGUCCAGGCCAGUUUUCCUGAGACAGCUGUCACCAAGCGUGUCCGUCUCGGACUCCAGGCACAGCCAGUCCCUGAUGAGCUGGUGGCCAAGCUUCUAGGGAACCAAGCCACAUUCAGUCCUGUCGUGACUGUAGAGCCUCGUCGGCGUAAGUUUCACCGUCCCAUCGGCCUGAGGAUUCCACUGCCUCCUUCCUGGAGGGAAAGUCCGAGGGACGCUGGCGAGGGCGACACCACCAGCCUCCGCCUGCUCUGCAGUGUCAUCGGUGGCACUGCUCCAGCUCAGUGGGAAGAUAUAACUGGCACCACCAAACUUAUUUAUGCCAAUGGCUGUGCCAGUUUCACCACCAAUGUCUCUGCCCGUUUCUGGCUGGCAGACUGUCCUCGGACUGCAGAGGCCGUGUCCUUUGCCAACCUUCUGUACCGUGAGCUGUCAGCCGUCCCGUACAUGGCCAAGUUUGUAGUUUUUGCAAAGAUGAAUGAAGCACGAGACGGUCGACUCCGCUGUUACUGCAUGACUGACGACAAAAUGGACAAAACCCUGGAGCAGCACGAGAACUUUACUGAAGUGGCUCGCAGUAGAGACAUCGAGGUGAUGGAGGGAAUGCCGCUGUAUUUGGAGUGUUCAGGAAACUUGGUUCCCAUAAGGAAGGCAGCACAGCAGCCCCGCUGCUUCAGCUUCCAAGCCUUCAGGGACAACAGACUGCCUGUGUCUGUCAAGGUGAGGGACAGCAGUAAAGAGCCCUCUGGUUUGUUGUCUUUCUUACGCAAAUCAACCAAAUAUGAAGAUAGUCAACAUGUUUUGUGCAACCUCAACGUAACCAUGCCGCCUUGCAUUAAGAUUAUAGGAAGUGAUGAGCGAAGGAGAACUCUGACUCCUUUAGCUCUGAGGGAAAGAUACAGUGCUCUAAAUGAACCAGCCAUGGCAUCACUGAGCGCCAUGGAAAGGAUGGAGUUAAAGAUGGCUUUAAUAGCUGAACAGCUAGGCCUGAGCUGGGCUGAGCUGGGACGUGAACUGCAGUUUAAUGUAGAUGAAAUAAAUAAGAUCCGUGUGGAGAAUCCCAACUCCCUUUUAGAGCAGAGCUCAACAUUGCUCAACCUGUGGACCACUCGAGAGGGGAAGAAAGCCAAAAUGGUGUGUCUCUGUCCUCAUCCUUUAUGUCCAACUACCCUGUCUUCCCCUUCUCCAUUUCUCCACCAUCUGUGUGUCUCUCACCACUGUAGUGGACAGCCUGUACGUGGCCCUCAAGAGCAUUGACCGAGUGGACAUUG